AUGGCGCAGACCUCCGUUCCUCCACCACCCCCGAGCACCGUCUCGCGACCGGUUAGCGAGGCACUCCUGAACGAAAAGUGGGACCGCUGCCUCUCCAACCUCCUGAUCAAGUCCUCCCUCGGCCUCGGCUUCGGCGUCGUCUUCUCAGUCCUCCUGUUCAAGCGCAGGGCGUGGCCGGCCAUCGUGGGCGCGGGCUUCGGCGCCGGCCGGGCGUACGAGGAGUGCAACUUCAGCCUGAAGCAGGCCGCGCGCGAGAUCAGGAAGCAGGCAUGA